AUGGCUUUCUAUGGUGAAACUGAGCAUUUUGAUGAAAUUUAAAAUGAAUCUGAGGGUAUUAAGAGCGAUGAAUAGAACAAAGAGAUAGAGAAUGACUGUGAAAUAAUUAUUACUCAAAAUAAUUAAUAGAAUUACAACGAUUCUGAGGUUCAAUAAUCCGAAACAAAUAUUGAGAAUGUGAAUCAAAAUAACGAUAAAAAUUGUAAUUAUCUGGAGGAAGAAUAAAAAUAGUUGAAUUAAGAUAAAGAAUAUGCAGAUUAGUUACAACAAGCAGAUUUGUUAUAACAUGUAGAUUAGUUAGAUGAUUAACAACUCAUUAAUCUAUGUCCAGUUAUUUUAUAUGAUAUGGGAGUGAUAUUUGAUGAUUUAGAAUUGUUAGGGCAUCAAACAUGUAAUGAAUUUCCAGAUUGUUAAUUUUGUGAGAAAUUAAUAUCCCUUUGCUAAUAUCAAUCUCAUCUGAAGCGAGUUCACUCAGAUUUCAUUUGCCUUAUUUGUGGACUUGUUGAUCGAAAUAUUACAAAUUAAAAUCAUAGAUUAUAGUGUUUUCAAUAAAGGGAAUUUGGAUUUGAUGAUGCUAUGAACUAAAAAUUAGACGCUAUUGAGCAUCUAAAAUAAUGUGAUCCAGUUCAAUAAUGA